AUGCCGUCAGUUUGGAGCAAAAUUAGCGAAUAUUGGACGUGGUUUUUGUGGGGGAAAACGCCGUACAAUCAGCUGAGUGAUCGGCAAAAACUGGAAGCUAGACGUGAGUUUUCCGAAUUAGAGAACACUUGAAUUAUUGCAUAAAACAGGAGAUCUUUAUUUCCGUCUGUUUAUUAUCGGCAAUUUGCCGCUCUACGCAACUUUAUACGCAACUUUUGUUUUGAGCAUGUGAGCAAAAACACUGUAAAACCUUGAAGAUUCUUCGAUUUUCAGGUAUCCUCCCACACUAUUAAAGGAAAAAGUUCUCGAUAGAAUGCUUCCAGAAGGUUGGAAAAGUUUCAGUGGAAAGUUUUGCUUCGGUUUGUACGCUUGUCUUCAUACCAUCACAAUGGGAGCCGCUUCUGUGUACUUUGUCUUUCCAUGGUACACGUUUUUAUUCGAGUUCGUCUACUCGUUUGGCAGUUCAUUUUAUACCAAAAAUUAA